AUGGCUCCUGGCCUCCUCGAGCCAGCCGCGACGGCUGAGAAAGUCGUCACCCUAGCCUCUCUGACCGAAAGCUAUGAUGAUACGAUCCGAUUCUAUCUUAAUGGCACCAAGGUCGAAUUGGACGCCGUUGACCCCGAAGUCACACUUUUGGAGUAUCUAAGAGGCAUCGGGCUGACAGGGACAAAACUGGGCUGCGCAGAAGGUGGAUGCGGUGCGUGCACCGUCGUAGUAUCACAACUGAACCCGACCACGGGCAAAAUAUAUCAUGCUUCGGUCAAUGCCUGUCUGGCUCCCUUGGCCAGUAUUGAUGGAAAGCAUGUCAUUACAGUGGAGGGCAUUGGGAGUUCCAAAAACCCACAUCCCGCACAGCAGCGGAUCGCCAUGGCCAGUGGCAGUCAAUGCGGCUUCUGCACACCAGGCAUUGUCAUGAGCCUGUACGCUCUGCUCCGGAAUAAUGGGCCGGAGCCCUCUGAGGAAGAGGUUGAAGAGGCCUUCGAUGGCAAUUUGUGUCGCUGCACAGGCUACAGACCUAUCCUUGAUGCCGCCCAAAGUUUCAAUAAGAAAUGCGGCAGAUCCAUUGCCAACGGCGGUUCGGGCUGCUGCAUGGAGAACGGUGGCUCGUGCAACGGAGGUGCCUCAAAUGGCACGGAUGAAGCGACGGAAAAGAAAUUUACGCCUCCUUCUUUCAUCCAUUACGACAAGUCUACUGAACUGAUAUACCCUCCUGCUCUCAAAAAGCAUGAGUUCAAGCCUCUGGCGUUUGGCAACAAGCGGAAGAAGUGGUAUAGACCAGUCACGCUGCAGCAGUUGCUGGAAAUCAAAAACGCAUUCCCUGGUGCCAAGUUAAUUGGUGGAAGCACGGAAACACAGAUCGAAAUCAAAUUCAAGGCCAUGCAAUAUUCCACCUCGGUCUAUGUCGGAGACAUCGCUGAACUACGCAAGUAUUCCUUCCACGAUGACUAUCUUGAGAUUGGUGGCAAUGUGGCGUUGACCGAUCUCGAGAACAUCUGUGACGAAGCCGUCAAGCAUUACGGCGCUGCCAAAGCCCAGUCAUUCAAGGCGAUCAAGAAGGCAAUCAGAUAUUUUGCCGGUCGUCAGAUUCGAAACGUUGGCACUCCAGCAGGUAAUCUUGCGACAGCCUCUCCCAUCUCAGACCUCAACCCUGUGUUUGUGGCCACCAACUCUACACUGAUUGCCAAGUCGCUAAAGAAGACGACUGAGAUUCCAAUGUCGAGUUUCUUCAAGAGCUACAGAGUGACUGCAUUGCCCGAGGACGCUGUCAUUGCAGCCAUGCGAAUCCCCGUUGCUUCAGAAAAAGGGGAAUAUAUCAGGACAUACAAGCAAUCGAAAAGGAAAGAUGACGACAUUGCCAUUGUCAAUGCUUGUCUGCGGGUGGCACUGGAUGAUUCUUACACGGUCAAGGAUGCGAGCCUGGUGUACGGAGGCAUGGCUCCAACCACGAUCCAAGCGAAGAAUGCUUCUGAAUACAUUGUCGGAAAGACAUUCACGGACCCUCAAACAUUGGAGGGUGUGAUGAACGCCUUGGAGAAGGAUUUCAAUCUCCCAUUCGGUGUCCCAGGUGGCAUGGCAACGUAUAGGAAGUCACUGGCCCUAGGGUUCUUCUACCGUUUCUACCAUGACGUCCUUGUCAACAUUGAGGAAGCUAGCAAGAAGGCCGACAAGGAAGCCAUUGCUGAGAUUGAACGAGAGAUCUCCCGCGGUCACAAGGAUCAUGAUGCUGCUGUUGCCUAUUCGCAGAAGAUAUUGGGCAAGUCGAAUCCGCAUCUUGCUGCUUUGAAACAGUGCACGGGCGAGGCUCAGUAUACCGAUGACAUUCCCCAUCAGAAGGACGAGCUCAUUGGCUGCCUGGUGCUGUCGACCAAAGCACAUGCCAAACUUCUGAAGGUGGAUGCCAGCCCGGCUUUGGACCUUCCAGGCGUGGUCGCUUGGGUCGACAGGCAUGAUUUUGUCGAUCCCAAGGCGAACUGGUGGGGAGCUCCUCUUGCCGAUGAAACCUUCUUCGCUGAGGAUGAGGUCUUCACGGCGGGGCAACCAAUUGGUAUGAUUCUCGCGAACAAUUCACAUCAAGCUGCUGCAGGAGCUCGUGCUGUUCUCGUCGAGUACGAGGAACUUCCUGCAAUUUUCACCAUUGAAGAAGCCAUUGAAAAGCAGAGCUUCUUCGAACACUAUCGCUACAUCCGCCAAGGCGAUGUGGAGAAGGCAUUCAAGGAAAGCGAUUACGUCUUCGAGGGAACAGCAAGAAUGGGUGGCCAGGAACAUUUCUACCUGGAGACACAGGCCUGUCUUGCCAUCCCCAAACCAGAAGACGGCGAGAUGGAACUCUGGGCCAGUACGCAAAACCCGUCCGAGACGCAGGCGUACGCUUCCAAGGCGCUUGGCGUACAGUCCAACAAGAUUGUGGCUAGAGUGAAGAGACUUGGUGGCGGGUUUGGUGGGAAGGAGACUCGGUCGAUCCAACUCUCAACCAUUUGCGCCGUUGCUGCCAACAAGGUCCGACGGCCUGUCCGAUGUAUGCUUAACCGCGACGAAGACAUUGUGACCUCUGGCCAGAGACAUCCAUUCCUGGGUAUAUGGAAGGUUGGCGUGAACAAGGACGGCAAAAUUCAAGCGCUCAAGGCCAGCGCCUUCAACAACGGUGGAUGGUCGCAGGAUCUGUCCGCUGCGGUGAUCGAUCGGGCUCUGUCCCAUAUUGACGGAUGUUACAAGAUCCCGAACAUUGACGUCGACGGUCGCAUCUGUAAAACAAAUACAGUCUCGAAUAGUGCCUUCCGCGGAUUUGGCGGGCCACAGGGCAUGUUCAUCGCCGAGACCUAUAUGGAAGAGAUUGCAGACCACCUGAAGAUCCCAGUCGAGAAGCUCCGGGAGAUCAACUUUUACAAGGACAAUGAACUGACGCACUUCAACCAGGCCCUCGAAGACUGGCAUGUUCCUCUCAUGUACAAGCAAGUCAAGGAGUCGUCAGACUAUGAAGCUCGACGGAAGGCGGUGGAUGAGUUCAAUGCCACCCACAAAUGGCAGAAGAAGGGGCUCGCUUUGAUCCCGACCAAGUUCGGCAUUUCGUUCACGGCACUAUUCCUCAACCAGGCGGGCGCUCUGGUGCACAUCUACCACGACGGCUCUAUUCUUGUCGCCCACGGCGGCACGGAGAUGGGUCAAGGUCUGCAUACCAAGAUCUGCAUGAUCGUAGCCGAAGCGCUUCAAGUGCCGCUGUCCAAUGUGCACAUAUCAGAAACGGCCACCAACACGGUCGUGAACACCUCCAGCACAGCUGCGUCGGCAUCUUCCGAUCUCAACGGCUACGCGGCCUACAAUGCGUGCGUGCAACUCAACGAGCGUCUGGCCCCCUACCGAGAGAAGUUGGGCCCGAAGGCGACGAUGAAAGAACUCGCGCACGCCGCCUACUUCGACCGUGUCAACCUGAGCGCCAACGGCUUCUACCGCACGCCCGAGAUCGGCUACGUCUGGGGUCCGAACCCAGAAGACCCGUCGGUCGAGAACACAGGCAAGAUGUUCUUCUACUUCACCCAGGGCGUGACGGCGUCGGAAGUGCUCAUCGACACGCUGACUGGCGACUGGACGUGCCUGCGGACUGACAUCGAAAUGGACGUGGGUCGCAGCAUCAACCCGGUGAUCGACUACGGCCAGGUCGAAGGCGCCUACGUCCAGGGCCAAGGUCUGUUCACGACCGAGGAAUCGCUGUGGCACCGCGGCUCCGGCCAGAUCUUCACGCGCGGACCGGGCGCGUACAAGAUCCCCGGCUUCCGCGACAUCCCGCAGGUCAUGAACAUCUCGCUGCUCAAGGACGUCGAGUGGAAGAACCUGCGCACCAUCCAACGCAGCCGCGGCGUCGGCGAGCCGCCCCUUUUCAUGGGCAGCGCCGCCUUCUUCGCCAUCCGCGAUGCCCUGAAGGCCGCGCGCGCCGAGCAUGGCGAGAACGCCAUCUUGAACCUGCGCAGUCCCGCCACCCCGGAGAGAAUCCGCAUCUCUUGCGCCGAUCCCAUCAUCAAGCGCUGCGUCGUGGAGCCCAGGGAGGGCGAGAAGAGUUUCUUCAUUUCAAUAUAG